AUGGCGCAACUCGUGUGUGCGGCACGCACCGACCCGCGACCACGCGUGACAUGCGGCCCCCAAUUAAAGCUCCACCUGAACACAUUCCAAGGAUACGUCCUACCUGCGUUUUCAAGUGCGGACAUUCCCGCUGUGAUCCAAGUCAUAACGGGUCAUCCGCGCAUGCGGCAGUCCACCACGUUUACCUAUGCCUUUCGCAUCCUUGAAACCUCGACGAAGGAUCAAGAACCAUCGACCCAUGACGCGGUGAGCACCACAGAAGGUAGUGACGACGGUCAGACUAUCGGCGCCGGCGACAAGUUGCUUCAAGUACUCCGGCGAUGGCAAGUCUGCAACGCCGUCGUUGUCGUGAACAGGCUGGACAGAAGUCUGACGGGUGGUCUCAUCGGCGCGCAGACGUACAAGCUAAUUGUUGAAAGCGCCAAGCUCGCGUUGGAGCAGUUUGCGCUCGAUUCCCUCCAGCCGUCGGAAGCGGCCAAGCUCGCUCUCCAGGAUGUCUCCAGUAACCAAAACGGCGCCGGGGUGGUCCCGCACUUAACUGUUCAAGAGAUGACGUACGCUGGCGCGCCGACGAACAUGGUGAACGGCACGGUCCAGAGGUCAAAGCAAGGCCGCAUCAACCACUUCCAGGGAGCGCAGGAAGGCGAGAACAGCGACCGCGCGAUGUCAAAUCGACCCAAGUCCCUCGAGCGCCUUGGCAUCUCCAAGGACGACUUGGCUGCCCUCAAAGUCGUUCGGAUGCCGCCCAAGGAACUCCAUCUCGUCCUCGUUUGUGUCGGUGUGCUGCUGCAUGUGCCCGACCUCUCGUGGCUUGGGUGCCAGGACAUGCUCAACUCAUCCUCGUUCUGCGCGAACGUACUCCGAGUUCGGGCGACUAAUAUCACUAAGAAACAAGCGACCCGCGUCCGAGUGAUCCUGCAAGAGCCGCAAUUUACACCUGAACUCAUCCGAAGGGUAUCCGUGGUCGGGGCGUCGCUGCUGGCGUGGGUCCUGCAGAUCAUGGACGCGUACGACUCGAUGCGGUUGGGCUUUGAUAUACGAGGCCCGGAAGUUGGAAACAACGACGACCAAGAUCUCGAAACCAGUCGCGACGACAUAGUCAAGCAGCCGCCGUCGACAGACGAAACAACCCCUUUCUUCCUUGGGAGCGCGCCGCCACCAGAGCCGCCGCCGCCAGUUCCUCGGCCCGGCCAUGCCAAAGUUGCCGCUCCCACUGCCACGAUCCCAACCGACCUCUUUGUCCCCAAAGCAGAGCCAACUAUUCAAGAUUGCGGUCGGAUGCUGCGAAAGCAGACAUCAGCUCUCAAGUAA